AUGAGCGCGGCCCCGGGCACCUCCCGCGCCCCCCAGCCGCUGCUCCGCUUCCCCGAGGGGGCGGGCGGGCCGGGCGGCGGGCGGGCGGCGGGGGGAGGUGGCGGCCCGGGGCCGUGCCCCUGCCCCUGCCCGGGGGGGCCGCGGAAGCGGCGGCGGACCACGUUCAGCCGGGGGCAGCUGUCGGAGCUGGAGCGGGCCUUCGCCGCAGUGCCCUACCCAGACAUCGCCACCCGGGAGCGCCUGGCCGAGCUCACCCAGCUGCCCGAGGCCAAGAUUCAGGUCUGGUUCCAGAAUCGCCGCGCCCGCAGAAUCCGCAGCGCCAAACCGGAGCCUCCGCCGCUACCGCCGCUGCCGCCUCCCGGGGAGCGGGGUCCCCCAGCGGCACCCCCCGACGGCAGCACCCCGGGCCCGGCCCCUGCCCUGCCGCCGCCGGGAGCCCGCAGCCCCGCUCGGGGCCUCCCCACCUCACUGGGCUCCAUCUCCGACCUCAUCUACAGCGCGGCUAUCACCAACCUGGGCGAGCUGUAGCCGUGGUGGGGACCCCCUGGGCACUGGGGACCCCCAUGGCAUCGCGGCCCCCACGGAUUAGCGCCACGAUUUCAUUAGGGUGUGGAAUUACUGCCGGCCCCGAAGGUCCCGAGGAUGUCAUCCAAUAUCCUAAAUGCCGGUGCGGCUGUGGCGGGGGCAGCUCCCCAUCAGCCCCCUAAUACCGACUAAUCUUUUGGAAAAAAAUACCUUAAUCUGGGGCUGUAUCCACGGAUGAUUGUGGCACGGCCGCCCCUAAUCCGCAGGCACGUUCGCAGGUGCCGGCAGAUCUCCCCGUAUCGGAUAUUAAACUGUGUUUCCACAGGGGCUUAGCUGCCAUCAGAGCAUUAAUCACCGUGUCCGGCCCUGGCAGGGUGCCCACCCGGCAGGUGUCCAGAUCUCCUGGGCCUGGCAGGGACAGCCUGGGUGCCCCCUCCCCACCAUGGCUGCACUAAGCUGGCUCUGCUCUCCGCUCCGUGACACUCAAAAAGGCCCCAGGAUGUGCAUUAAGGUGCAUCCCCUCCCUACCCCCAGAAGCUGGGUACCCUUUGGCAGAGGGUUGGGAGCACCAUGCACCCCUCGCUGCUCCAUCUACAGCUCCUGCUCCUCCCUGAGGCACCAAGAGCCACAGGGCCAUGGCUCAGGUCACGCAGCUCCUAUGUGAGGACACUGAGCUGGGUGCUGACCCCAAAGUGGCUGCACCAGACUCUGUCACCCUCCUGAACGGAUCUGUGUGGAUGGGGAAAGGGCUCGUCCCCAAACACCAGCUGGGUUGGGUGCUGCCAUCUGAGCCUCGAGAGAAUAACGGUUCCAAAAGCAAGUGAGGGAUCAGACAGAGCAGAGGGCAGGCAGAGGGGGGUUUUGACAUGGGAUGGAGCAGGAUGCGGAAUGCAGAGGGAAAGGAAGGAUUCACAGCUCCCUGUGGUGUCUUUCAGAUGUGUGUUCCACGUACCAGCAGAUGUCCCCCAACAUGAAGGAAGAAGGUUACAAACACACAAUGUUAUUUAUUUCCAGAAUACAAGCACAGGAACUCCACAGGAAAAACAGGGAUGGUGGGAGCUGACGCCCCUCUCCAUGCUGGGGUGGUCAGAGUCCACAGCCAUUCCCUCUCCUGUUCUGCAGCUGCGGGAUUUUCAAUCCAUAAUUCAUUUCGGGAGCGGGAAGCAAAGGACGAGCCUGAGGAGUGCAGCCAUCUUCCCGUAGCAGGAGCAGGUAAAAACAGAUGGGACAAGACAAAACUGUCCCAAAUUAACGGCUCCUGGGGAGGACAAAAAGCCUCCAGCACGAAGGCUGCAGUUCAUGGUCAUAGUUUCCCAAGGUCCCCUUCGAGGGUCCGCACCAUCACGUACAGCUCGGCCAAGCCCACCACCGAGGCCACAAUGACGGCUGACAGGACGCGCUGGGGACAUAAAAGAGAGAGGGGUGACCCUGGGUGUGCGGUCGUGGUGCCACUCUGGACUGGGCAGCACAGUGUGCUGCAGGGAGGCCGUGCUCGCUCACCGCUGCCGUCUCUGCGAAGACGUACUGGCUGCCCAGGUAGGUGCAGGCGAAGGCGGCCACCACGGUGACAAUGAAGUUGAAUAUGGUGAUGACAACGGCCUUCACGGAGCGCACUGGGGGAGAGAAGGGGCAAGUGGUUGGUUUUAAGUAAGGCUGGGGAGUAGGGUUGGGGAUAAGGUGUAAUCAUACUACAGAGCUGGCCAGCUGGGAUACAGGAAUCCCGCAGGAGUCACACGCUUGGUGCCUCCAGAAAUAUUGGUAAGAAUGACCACCAGGCUCCUUUAUUCAAGGAACACUUUAGUGUGUGAAAACCUUCUGGUGAGAUAUUCGGUCUGAUGUCAACAGCUGGACAUGGAACAGUUCCUGUGACUGUCCUGUCAGCAAACACUGCUGGGUGUCAGCAGGACAGGCAGCCGCUCACCUUGUCUCCCAAAUUCAGCCAAUGGCCCCUUCAUCUCCUGAAAAAAGGGAUUAAAACAACUUGUGAUCGGUUGUAUUUUAAUGUUGAUAAUAACAUGGUUAUUGUGUGUGCAGAAUAAAAGCAAUGCCAAUGCCCUGUGCUGUC